AUGCCAUUGAAAACUGUUGGCCAAAACGGCAUCGGCGUAGCUCCGGGUGCCACGUGGAUAGCUUGCCGCGGAUGCUUGACCCCCGCCUAUUGCGCAGAAGAGGUGCUCAUUGCAUGUGCGCAAUGGAUGAUGUGCCCGACGGAUGCGACGGGCAAAAACCCCAAGUGCGAGUUGGCGCCUGACGUCAUCAACAACAGCUGGGGAGACGAAGUGAAUUCUAAUGCAUACCAAGCCGUCGUGGACGCGUGGCGCGCUGCGGACAUCAUUCCCGUGUUUUGCAACGGCAGCACUGGUUCUAAAUGCUCAACGACGUGGACUCCAGCUGGUUACAAGAAUGUUAUUGGAGUGGGUAACCUGGGCUUCGACGACAAGCUGUCGACAAAAAGCAGUCGCGGGCCAAUGGCAGACGGUCGAAUCAAGCCCGAUGUGUCGGCUCCUGGGACUGAAAUUCGUUCGGCAUCGAACACUGGCAAUUCGGAAUACAAGAUCAAGUCGGGCACGUCCAUGGCGACUCCCCACGUCGUUGGUGCCAUUGCCCUCUACUUGUCUGCCAACAAGGGCGCCAAGUACGAUGAAGUGUACAAAGCGUUCACGACCACUGCAGACACGGCCACGUUGACUCCAAACAACGAGAACUGUGGGGGGGUGUCGGAUUCCAAGUACCCCAACAACAACUACGGGUUUGGACGCAUCAACGUCGCUAGCGCAAUUGGAGGAGGAGUCGCCCCACCUUCCAACAUCACCUCUGCCCCAUCGCCGUCAAAGCCCCGCAACACCACAUCUGCCCCAUCGCCAUCGAAGCCCAGAACGUCAGGUCCAUCGACCUCGGACCCCGCCACCCCGUUCGCCGUCGAAACCCAGCACAUCAAAUCCUUCGACCACCGCCACGAAUACCCGCCGUCCAUUCCCUAG